GUUGUACAUGUACCGGAAGUUUACAAUUUAACAUGUUAAUUGGGAGCACCUGCUACGAGACAACGCGAGAAAGACACUGUUUUGAUGUUGCUAGGAUGACAAUAUAGAAAUUGUCAGGCUCGUUUAUCACAACUACCGGUAAAUAAAGAGAUCGGAACCUAAGUACGGCUAAACAUUAAGUGAAAACUGUGGAAUGGCAAGUUAUUUAAAGGAAUUAGAGAGGGAAGGGGCUCUCCCAGCCAUCCGAACAACUUCUGGAACGUUUGAAUCGAGCAGAAGAGUAAAUUUUGAGGAUGACCGUUACACCCGAUCCCGAUCCCCUACAAGUGGCGUCUACGGGCACCGAUCUGAAAGCCCAAUGUUUCAACCAAGGCCUCCAUCACCUGGAGCGGCAGGAAGAAGAUCGGCACAAGAGCUUCAAGAUCAGGUAAAAGUGUUCAGAGAAGAAAUACAGAAGAAAGAUGCACUUAUACAACAGUUGUCAAGUAUGGAGUCAGUCACCAAAGUCCCUGUUAGAAGCCAAGCAGACUCUAUCCGGUUGGAGCAUAUAUAUAUGGGUGAUAGACAAAGCCUCGAUGCAGCACGCAGUGAACUUGCUGCCCUGCAAGUUAGAACUGAAAAACAAGAAAAUAAGAUUAGAGAAUUGGAUAAUGAGUUAGAAAUUAGAGAUGUCAGGAUAAAAGAAUUACAGUUACAAAUGGAAACAGGACGUGAGAAUGAGCGCAGACUACAGUCUUUGGUUGAGUCACUACGCAGCCAGGUCGUUGACCUUGAAGGUCGUGCCGGAGCUAUAGAAUCUGUAGCAAGUCGAAGUGAAGUGACAGUGUCGGCAUUACAAAAAGAAAACAAAGCAUCAAAUGAAAGAAUAGUUGAACUUGAAUCAAGGCAAAGGAAACUCUUAGAAGAGAGGGAAGAAGCCCAGGCCAGAGCUGAAUUGCUGGACAGACGUUUUAGAGAACAUUUUGCACAAUUUGCAAGUAUUUUGAAAUUUGAGAGUAUUUCUGGAGGAGUACCUACACCAGAAGAAAUUAUCAGACAGAUUUCAGCACAAGCAGAAGAGAAUGCAAUGCUUAAAGGGAAACUACUCACACUUACUGAAACUCUCAACAACUCUGAGCUGGAAACCAAAGCAAGCAGAGAAACAAUUAUGAGACUGGUUUCAGAAAUGGGUAAAGAGCAGCAGACACAGUCUAAAUAUGCAUCAGAAUUAGACCAUCUCAGAUCUAGGAGCAGGGAUCGUUACCGUAGUUACGAUGUCACUGAACCACGCCCUAUGAGAUCUUGUUUGAAAUCCCCAACUCAUCACAGGGAUCGUAGUCUAUCUAGGGAGAGAGACCGAGAACGUGGAGUGAGAAAAGAUUAUGAAAUGGAGAUAGGUAUGCUAAAAGAACGUUUAGAAGCCUCACAGAGAACGAUAGAUGCUCAACGUAAUGAACUUGAUAUGAGGGACGGUCGCCUUAACUCACUUGAACAAGAAUUACGAUCCCAUACCACUAAAAUACACAGUACCAGCAGCCAGCAUGUUUACUUCCGAGAUCAGCUUAUUAAGAUCCUAGGCGAUAUUGAUUCACACUGUGACGAUGAAUACAUCAGACGUAGAAUUGAAAAUCUACUUUUCUCCAACAGAGAUCUAAGAAAUAAAAAUGAAGAUUUAGAGAUUAGACUGAAGGAAUUAACAGAACAACUUGAGACUCAGUACGGGCUUCACAAGAGUGCUGCUGCACGAGCGAGGAAAGCCGAGGCAGAUGCUGCAGAGUUCCAGCAGCGACUACAAUCAGCUGAGGGUGAAUUGGUAGCUGGUGAUGUCAUGCGGGACGGAUUCAGAUCUGAUAAAGAAUCAUACAUGAGAUGUUUACAACGUUUAGGUGAGGCAAUGAAAAUGGACCGUAUCUCAAUUGACCUAGGUAUGGAUAUGACCAUUGAUGCACUUAUUGCACGCGCAGAACAACUUGUCAAGCUUGAGAGAGAUGCUCUUGCGGACCGCAGCACACACAUUUACAAUCUCCAACGCAAAGUGAAAUCUCUGAAGGAGCAACUAGAAAGCAAAGACUUACACAUAGACUUAUUAAGGAAAAAGAUCACAUCUUUAGAGGAGAAGAUUCUCGGAAAGUCAACUAUUGAAAGGGAGAGAGAUUCGGAACUGUUGAGAAUCAGAAAGAUGGAGAAAUUAAUAGAGAAGUACAAGAUACAGUUAGGUGAUGCAAGACAAGAAAUUACCAACCUUAAAGCAGAACUUCUAGGAUCUAGUGAACUCAGGGUACGAACAUUAGAGCAACGAAAAGAGACAGAGGAACUUGCUAACCAGGUGCAAGAACUAGAGAAACUUCGUAGAAAACAAGCUCACAAGAUACGCGAGCUUAAGAUGGAGAUCGACUCUACAACAACAUCAUCUCAGGAAAACCGUGUUGUCGCAGAUAAUGCCGUUCAGGCCCUUUCCAGUGAACUCAAAACAACUAAAACUGCACUCUCCACCAUUCAACAAAGAGAGAAACAGUUGAUUGAUUUCCGUCAUGUUGUUGCAAGAAUGCUGGGAUUAGAUAUCAAUACCUUGGCGAUCCCAGACUACGAGAUAAUCAGUCGUCUUGAAAAGCUCAUUUCAGCACAUCAUAGUCAUACGUUUACAACAUUGAGUCUGGAGGAAGCUCUUGCUGACAUGGAGGACGGCUUUUUCUGCGGGUACCGCGAUCACCAACACACCAUGGGGGAAACUGAGUCACACAAUAUUCGCAAGUCACGUGAACGUGUGAAAAGAAAAGCACUCAAAGCUAGGGCUAGAUCAUGUUCACCAACCAGGAGAAUAACUCCUAAAUGUUAUUGAAGUCAAUAUUGAAUAGGGUGAAUUUUAAGACAAAUUAAAUACUGUAGAAAGGACGUAGAUGAAUAUACCCUAUCCAUGUGUAGUGACUCUAUCCGUCUUGGCAGUUUCUUUCAAAAGUAGUUAACAAAAAGUUUAGAAUAAAACCAUGUAAGACAUAGGAAACUGUUUUAAGAUACAAGUUAAAAAAAAAGGGUAAAGAAAAGAGACGUAGUCCAGUUGUUGAACUUACUAACCAUUUUCCUGAUUUUUCAGAAAAUGUUUUUUUGUUUUUUUUUGGUGACAAAUGUCAUUUUUGAGUGAGAUUAAAGAAAGAGUAAUUUAUAGAAUCAUGAAAAGAUUAUAGGUUGAUAAAAACGUUAUGUGCUCAGUUAUUUGAACAAUUAUAAUUAUGCUUAAUUUGGUUCAUCAUAUGGAUUUAUCAUGGCAGUACAAUAAAGGGCAAGCGCAGUAAAAUUGAUCAUGUUUAAUUUUUAUGAAAUCAAGUGCUUGGUUUUGCAUUCAUGUACACACAAAUAUGUUAAUAUGUUCUGAUAUGCUUAAAUUAUGUACUUUAUCAUAAGACAAAUCCAUUUUUUAUUAGGAAUUGUAUUAAACAGAACAAGAAUAUGAAAUCACCUGUGAUAUAUUAUAUUAAUAUAUAUAUAUAUAUUAUAAUUGAAGUUGUUUAGAUUAUAAGUACUAACAAAGAUUGUUUACAUGUAAUUUGAGAGUCGUAUCAUUCUUAUACCUAUUUCUUUAGUAAAUGAGAUAGAAUAAAAAAAAGUAAAUAAAAAUGCAGAAAUCUUACACAUUUUUGAAAUUGUAUGUUAGUUCUCUAUAUUUAUUGAAAAUUGUUUUUUAAGGAAUCUUGUUACAAAUUUAUAUUUAAUAACUGUACUAUUAUACAUGUAUGUUAGAAAAAAUAAUAUAUCAAGGCAUGUUAAUCAAACAUUUUUUUGUCUUAGAUUAAGCUUGUAGAAUAAGUUUGUUUGUAUGAAGCAUGGCACGGCUGUUGCAUUUAAUCACUGCACUGUCUGAACGCAUUUUAAUCUAGGCUAGACUUUAUUGUAUUUAUAUAUAAUGUCCUGCCGAUUUUGAUAUUACUACUGCAAAGAUCUGCUUAUAUUGGUGGGGGAACAGUGUGUUAUACUUGUGCUCAUAGGGAAUAAAAUGCCUUAUAUUUUGGGUUCACAAUUUUCAGAAGAAAAUCUUAUAAGCUCAGAGUCUUUUGAAGUUGUUUUCUAUGUUGUUUUAUUUUUUAUGUCUCCAUAGUAAUGAUGUUCAAAAUCCUGGUGCUUGUUGUAAAGAGGAAUUUGAUGAACACACCGUCUUAUAAAAAAAAUCAAUUAAAAAAAUGUUAAAAACAGGUAUUUGAAAAAUCUCUUUAUAAUUUAACAUUUUUUUAUUUCAUUGUUUUGUUUGAAAAUAAAUUAGGUCAGUAGAAUUUAAGAAUGGAGUAGAAAACAUGUAGUAAAAAAUUUCUCUGGCAACAGAAAGUGCUCAAAAUAAAACAAAAUAUGAUUGAUUUUUAAUAUGAUGUUAUUUUUAGAUAAUUAAAUACUGUUUAGAAGUAUACAUUUAGUUCAUUGUGCAUGGGGAAUUUGGUAUGCUAUUAUUAGAUUAAAAUGCACAUUCUGUUUAACCUUUAUGUAACCAGAUUACAUUAUUAUUGUCAAAGUAGACAAUGAAUUUUAAUAAGCAUUUUUAUCAUUAAUGACAAUAUUUAAUAUUCAUUUUUUUAAACCUUUGUUCAUACCAUACAAAUGGUUAAAUUCUUUUUAAUUUAUUUGAUUUAUUACAUCAUAUUUUUCCAGGCCAAAAUCACUUAAUCAGAAGAAUAAAAAAAAAAAUUGUUUUAUUUUUUAAUUUCUGAUUAUUUUAAACAUCUAAAUGAGUUUGUUUUUGUAAAUUUGUUACAAAUAAAAACUAAAAAUCAAACUACAGUAAAUGCUCAGAAAAAAGUAAAUAAAGUGUUUCAAUGUAUAUAUUAUUGCACAAAAGAUUUUUUUGUACAUAUAUUUCUUUCAUUAUUAUAUUUGUCCAUUUUACAUCUUACAUUUUAUACAUUUGUUAUAUAUUUUAUUAUAUUGUACAGAGUAGCUGUUAACUUGGACAUUUUUUUUUUAAAUCUUGACUAAUUGAUAAAAUUAUGUUCUCUGUUUUUUUUAUUUUUUUUUUUGCAAUAGGUAGUCAUGUAUAGUACAGUCUGUGAUACCAUCUCUAUGAAUAAAACUACUGCCAGGA